AUGGAAGCCGGAGGGGACCGCUUUCUCAGACAAAGGCAAGUCCUGCUUCUCUUUAUUUUUCUGGGUAGGUCUCUGGCUGUGUCCGAAUCGAGACGCUAUUCUGUGGCUGAGGAAAAAGAGAGGGGCUUUUUAAUUGCCAACCUGGCAAAGGACCUGGGGCUGAGGGUAGAGGAACUGGCCUCGAGGGGGACCCAAGUUGUGUCCAAAGGAAACAAACAGCAUUUUCAGCUCAAUCAUCAGACAGGUGAUUUGCUCCUGAAUGAGAAAUUGGACCGCGAGGAGCUAUGCGGCCCCACAGAACCAUGUAUACUGCAUUUUCAGAUAUUACUGCAAAACCCUUUGCAGUUUGUUACAAAAGAGUUGCAGAUCAUAGAUGUAAAUGACCAUUCUCCAGUAUUCUUUGAAAAUGAAAUGCAGCUGAAAAUCCUAGAAAGCACUCCUCCAGGAACAGUAAUUCCUUUGGGAAAUGCUGAGGACUUGGAUGUGGGAAGAAACAGUCUCCAGAACUACACUAUUGCUCCUAAUUCCCAUUUCCACGUACUCACACGCAGUCGUAGGGACUGAAAGAAGUACCCAGAACUAGUGCUGGACAAAGCGCUGGAUCGAGAGGAGCAGCCGGAGCUCAGCUUAACACUCGUGGCGCUGGAUGGCGGCUCUCCACCACGGUCCGCGACAGUCCAGAUCCACAUCCUGGUCUUAGAUAUAAACGACAACGCCCCAGAAUUUGCACAGUCGCUCUACGAGGUUCAAAUUCUAGAGAACAGCCCACUUAACUCUGUCAUUGUCACUGUCUCAGCUUCUGAUUUAGAUACAGGAAAUUUUGGGACAAUAUCAUAUGCAUUUUUUCAUGCUUCUGAAGAAAUUCGCAAAACUUUUCAACUAAAUCCAAUUACUGGAGAUAUACAACUAGUCAAAUAUUUGAAUUUUGAAGCGAUUAGUACCUACGAAGUCGACAUAGAGGCCAAGGAUGGUGGAGGCCUUUCGGGAAAAUCUACAGUCCUAGUUCAGGUGGCUGAUGUAAACGACAACCCACCAGAACUGAGUUUGUCAUCAGUUAACAGCCCUAUACCCGAGAACUCAGAAGAGACUGUAGUGGCUGUUUUCAGUGUUUCGGACCUAGACUCUGGAGACAAUGGAAGAGUGAUGUGUUCCAUCGAGAACAAUCUUCCUUUCCUCCUGAAACCAUCUGUAGAGAAUUUUUACACCCUGGUGUCAGAAGGAGCGCUGGACAGAGAAAGUCAAGCCGAGUAUAACAUCACCAUCACCGUCACAGACUUGAGGACACCGAGGCUGAAGACAGAGCACAGCAUGACCAUACUGGUCUCUGACGUCAAUGACAACGCCCCUGCCUUCACUCAAACCUCUUACACACUGUUCGUGCGCGAGAACAACAGCCCCGCCCUGCACAUAGGCAGCAUCAGCGCCACAGACAGAGACUCAGGCACCAACGCCCAGGUCACCUACUCACUGCUGCCGCCCCAGGACCCGCACCUGCCCCUCGCCUCCCUGGUCUCCAUCAACGCGGACAACGGGCACCUGUUCGCCCUCAGGUCGCUGGACUACGAGGCCCUGCAGGCGUUUGAGUUCCGCGUGGGCGCCACAGACCGAGGCUCCCCUGCGCUGAGCAGCGAGGCGCUGGUGCGCGUGGUGGUGGUGGACGACAACGACAACUCGCCCUUCGUGCUGUACCCACUGCAGAACGGCUCUGCGCCCUGCACCGAGCUGGUGCCCAGGGCGGCAGAGGCCGGCUACCUGGUGACCAAGGUGGUGGCGGUGGACGGCGACUCGGGCCAGAACGCCUGGCUGUCGUUCCAGCUGCUCAAGGCCACGGAGCCCGGGCUGUUCAGCGUGUGGGCGCACAAUGGCGAGGUGCGCACCGCCAGGCCGCUGAGCGAGCGCGACGCGGCCAAGCACAGGCUGGUGGUGCUGGUGAAGGACAAUGGCGAGCCUCCGCUGUCUGCCACCGUCACGCUGCACGUGCUCCUGGUGGAUGGCUUCUCCCAGCCCUACCUGCCGCUCCCAGAAGCGGCCCCGGACCAGGCCCAGGCCGACUCGCUCACCGUCUACUUGGUCAUCGCCUUGGCCUCUGUGUCCUCGCUCUUCCUCUUCUCGGUGCUGCUGUUCGUGGCGGUGCGGCUGUGCAGGAGGGACAGGGCGGCCUCGGGGGGUCGCCGCUCGGUGCCUGAGGGCCACUUUCCUGGCCAUCUGGUGGACGUCAGCGGCACGGGGACCCUGUCCCAGAGCUACCAGUAUGAGGUGUGUCUAACUGGAGGCUCAGGGACCAGGGAGUUUAAGUUCCUGAGGCCAAUUAUCCCCAAUUUCCUUGCUCAGGGUGCGGAGAGGGUUAAUGAGGCAAACUCUAGUGUCAGGAGUAGCUUUUAAUUCAGUUAA